UGUAUCGAUACAAGAGCAGCAUCCCUAAGCAAAGUUGUGGAAACACAAUGUAAGAAAAACAGAAACAGCAAAAAAAAAGAAAUAACAAAAAAAAAAUGGGGGCAACGAUGGUAAAAAAUGGCAAUUUACUGGAUGCCUUGCCAUCACAGGGAACGCUGCACGUAGUCAUGCUAGGCCUGGAUUCAGCUGGCAAAACAACAGCGCUUUACAGACUCAAAUUUGAUCAGUAUUUAAACACAGUGCCCACAAUUGGCUUCAAUUGUGAGAAGGUACAGGGCACGCUGGGAAAGGCGAAGGGGGUUCACUUUCUUGUUUGGGAUGUGGGCGGACAGGAAAAACUACGACCGCUCUGGCGAAGCUAUACGCGCUGCACAGAUGGCAUUCUAUUUGUUGUGGACUCUGUGGACACUGAACGCAUGGAGGAGGCAAAAAUGGAGCUAAUGCGCACUGCCAAAUGUCCAGAUAAUCAGGGCGUGCCGGUGCUGAUAUUGGCCAAUAAACAAGAUCUACCAAAUGCUUGUUGCGCCAAGCAGCUUGAAAAGUUGCUGGGCUUGCAGGAACUACACAAUCCAAUUUCGCAUAUAUCAACAGCCAACUCAACAUCGACAGGCAACAUUGCUGGCUAUAAUAAUAGUAGUAGUAGUAAUUGUACGUCAAACCAAAGUUAUAUAAAAACCGAUCUGGAUGAGGACAGCGAUAAGCGCAGGGACAAGGCUGCCAGUUUGCCACACGGUGCACCACUUGCAACAGCCACAACGGGAAUAAACUCCUCCUCCUCCUCGCAGUUUACAAUAAAGCACAAUAGCUUCAGCGCCUCUUCCUCCGCCUCCUCGUCGAUGCAGCUAAAGGGCUGGUAUAUCCAACCAGCCUGUGCUAUAACUGGCGAGGGUCUGCAAGAAGGACUCGAUGCUCUAUAUGAGAUGAUAUUAAAGCGACGUAAAAUUAGCAAGUCUCAUAAAAAGAAUAAACGGUAAUAGUGUUUUUAAUUUAUAUAUAUAGAGUUUUAGAAAUUAAAGUCUGCUUAGCACAAUUAACAAAAUGUACAUGCACUACAAAUAAAUAUCGCCUGUGUACAAAUGUACG